CACAACGCUGAACUUCAUGUCUAUCCCUAUACAACACCAGCUUGAAAAAGCAGCAAAUACAGGAGGUGGUAAAGCAGACAACCAGUGAGAUAUCUGGUAGAGAAGCAAGUGAAGUGGGCAGGAAUAUCCAAGAAAGAGCCUGAUCGGUGUUGGAGUUAUCAGGUACCAUAUAUUAUUCUGUAAACUUGACAGUCAAAUGAAGCUUGGAAGAGUGGGAUACCUCUAAAUUAAGGGAUUUUUCAGAUGUUAGUUUUUUUGGCAAUUUUAGAUGAGGCUUAGUGGGAUAAGACUGGGGAACUACUUGAGGUCGGCAUUGAUUAAAUCAAGCACCUAACUUCAGGACUUGGAGAUAUGAGCUCAGUGGGAUGAUUUUUAUUCAACAACAAGCCCUGGGCAUCUACUUAAUGUGUAUUGUUUAUGUGUAUUGCCCCAGGUCACACAUAUUGUAGAAUAUCUAGUAAUAGAAACUGGUUUCUGAACUUCCUGUCUGAUGCAUUCGCCACUGGACAAAUCUCACCCAAGGCAUUUACCACUAACUUUCUUCUUUGGUGUUUGAAGGCCUUGCAGAAAUAUUGACUAAACUGAAAAUUAUUUUUGAUUCUUUUCCGAGAACUGUAGAGGAGAGUGAUGUGGUGGUGAUAAUGUCAGUGAGAGCAUAUGUCCUGAGCUCCCAACUGCUACAUCACUGAAUUUCACCAGCCUGCCUUUCUUUGCAAUGUCACUUUGUUCUUCCAUGUGAGAUGAUAACCAUGUUUUUUCCCAAUGAUUCUGUUCUCUUCCCACGUACUUUCUUCUUGGCUGGUAUCCCAGAAUUGAAUUCUGCCCACAUUUGGAUUUCACUUCCCUUUUGCUUUAUGUUUUUCCUGUCAUUGACUGGGAAUGGUGUCCUGCUUUUUCUCAUCCGGACGGAUCGCAGCCUUCACCAGUCCAUGUUUCUUUUUCUUGCCAUGCUCUCCUUUGUUGACUUGGUCCUCUCUCUCUCCACACUGCCUAAGAUGCUGGCCAUUUUCUGGUUUGGUGCUACAGCCAUCAGCUCCCAUUCCUGUCUUUCCCAGAUGUUCUUCAUCCAUGCAUUUUCUGCCAUGGAGUCAGGGGUGCUAGUGGCCAUGGCCCUGGACCGCUUUGUGGCCAUUUGUAACCCACUGCGUUACGCAACCAUCCUUACACCUGUUGCUGUUGCCAAGAUUGGAGGCCUGGUGGUAUUGCGAGGGGUGGUAUUGACCAUCUCCUUUCCAAGCUUGGCCCAUAGGCUGCCUUACUGUGGCUCACACACAAUUGCCUAUACCUACUGUGAGCAUAUGGCAGUGGUGAAGCUGGCCUGUGGGGCCACCACGGUGGACAACCUCUAUGCCUUUGCUGUGGCAAUCUUUCUUGGUGUGGGGGAUGUGGCCUUUAUUGCCUAUUCUUAUGGGCAGAUUGUGAGGACUGUAAUGCAUUUUCCUUCACCUGAGGCACGUGCUAAAGCAGGCAGCACAUGUACAGCCCAUGUCUGUGUCAUCCUCUUCUUCUAUGGACCAGGCUUUCUUUCUGUGGUCAUGCAGCGCUUUGGACCACCCACAGCCUCUGCUACCAAGGUCAUCCUUGCCAAUCUCUACUUGCUCUUUCCCCCGGCACUGGAUCCCUUUGUCUAUGGCAUCAAGACCAAGCAGAUCCAGGAGCGGCUGUUGAUGAUUCUGACCCCCAAGCGGAUUGAGCCUGCCUCAGUAUAAUUAUCAUCAGCUGGACUUCAGGGGCAGGGUGGCUCUCCCUCACUGGGUGGAAGCCCCAUAGCCCAGGUCGUUUACCUUGUGGAGAGGGUAAAAAGAAAGCAAGGAAAGUUAUCCUAGGUGUUUGGAAGUUAGGAAAUCUCUUCUGAGGUCUGUGGUAUUUAUAUAUUAGGAUGGAAAACUAAGAAGGGCUGAGGUAUCUCAAUUGAUCAAUAAGCAAGAAAUUUUUGUGAUAGCUUCUGAAAGCUUAUGAUUUAUUUCUGUUGAUAAGAUAAAUGUAUCAGGUAAUAUGAUGAUCUGAAUUCAAGUGUCUUAGGAGAUCAAAAAGAGAUGAGCUGGACAUAUGAAAAAAUGGGGCACCUCCCACCACCGCAGCUCUCACUCACAGCCAGCCCCUAGGAAGAGAUGGGCCUCUCUACCACCUACUUAGCUUCAGAGAAAGAAGGGUGGCAAAGCAUGGAGAUAAUUUUGAGUUCAAACUUAUGAGAGAAAUGCUUUAAAAUAUUCGUGCUCCAUCUGCCUAGAAUUGCAGAUUAAGCUUCCUCUCUAUAUUCCCAGUACUUUUUCAUUCUGUUUUUGAGAUGAAUGGCCCUCUGUGAUACCUGUAGUUUUAUUUCUUCAUUUUUAGUCUCAGCUGCAAGACUUUGAGUUAAUCAUACUUGCAAGCUUAUUACAUACAAUGAUUAUUGUUCUGAUUCUUGUUCUGUUUAUUUUCUGUCUUCAUUUCUUACUCUCUUGUUCAUUUCCUUCCUAGUUCCUACCUUUGGCACUCACUCUAAUGUGUUUGUGGUAUGUCCUUAUGUAUUUGUAUAUCCUUGAAAUAUAUUAGUAUUGUUUGAGUGUUAUGUAUUCCUCAUAUACAUAAAUGUUCUUUUUUAUUUCCUCAAAUGUAUAUGGUCCCUCCAGCCUGUUUGUCCAGGCUCCUCCUGAUAGAAAUGCUUUUCCCUAUCCUUAUUCUUGCCAUUUUUUUAAAAACUUUUUUUCUUUUUUCUUUAUUGGGUCAAACUCUGUUCAAUAUUCUUGCUGUUUCUACUCAUCUUAAACCUCAGUUCAAACCUCAUCUCCUUAGAAAAGGUUCUUCUAAUUACAUUAAGUCAUUUGUUUUCUGAUCUCAGAGUACUGUGUGUUUCUUUUAUUAUACAUCAUAAUUUAUAAUUAUAUAUAUUUAUUGUUGCAUAAAUAACCUCUGUCUGCAUUCCUACUAGAUAGUGAUUUCUACUGUAUUCUUAAAAUAGUUCCUGGCAUAUAAUGUGCUGUCAAUAAACGUGUGUUAAUAAAUAAGUCUCAUUAUUUUAAAGGGCCGUCUCACUAGUGUUUUUCUUCAUUGGUCACAUUAACAUAGUAUGUGCUUUUGAAUAAAUGAUUACAUAUAUUUUUUAUGACAGUGGACAUUCAAUACAUUUCUGUUGAAGAAAUAAUAAUAAAAAAAAUUGCUGUAACAGUCACUACUAACACUAUUUUCUUUACUGCCAUCAUCACUGCAAACAUCACCUUAACUUAGUCUUUGCAAAAGUUGUAAUUUCAAAUGGCGAUAUUUUCGAUGUUGGGAAAAGGCAUUGGAGGGCAUAAUUACUAUUAUAAGACAGAAUCACUGUUAUAAGGGCUUACAGGCCUCUAAGUACUCUGAGCAAACUAGCUCUGAAUAAUUAUAUCCUGAAUAUGUUGUAUUAAUGAGGAAUCUUGAUAACAAAGGCAGCUCCUGUGUGUUAAGCUCUCACUACAUGGUACCUGGAGUCCUUGAAGUAAAAAUUUUGCACAUACACUUUUUCAUUUAAUGCCCAUAAAAUGCAAAUGAAGCUGAUGCUCUAAUUAUUCCUAUUUUUAUGUCUGAUACAAUAUUAUGCUUCCUACUAAGUGAGGGUCAUUUAUUUUCUCAUAUCUCUUCUAUCUUUGGCGUCCUGGUGAGUUUAGUGUCUUUAUCCUCAAAUACAAUUUUCAGUUCUUUCCUAUAAAAACAGACAAACAAACAAAUAAGCAAAGACUGGGGCUUCUUUGAGGUUCAUGUCAUUCACUCAUAUCAUCUUCUGCCACGCCCGGUUACUGUUCUUUCUCCUCUACU